AUGUUCGAAGCUAAGAUAGUGAGUAAAGUCUCUGGGAUGGUUAGAGACUCGGAGUCGAGAAUUUUGGAGAAGGUUGAUCAUAUUGAUCAAAACAAUGAGCUACGAAUAAAUUCUCAAAAUUCGAAGUUUAUAGGAGAUUUGAAAGAUUUGAAGACAGUUGCAAAGGAAAAACAUGUUAUCUUUGUUCAGGAUGUUAAGAAAGUCAGGGAGGAUGUUAAUUUGCAGAUUCGUGAACUUCGCGAAGAUAUGCAAAAGGAGCUUGCUAGUGUCCAACAGGAUUUUGCGUCUCUGGGUCAGAAGAUUGACAUUAUUUGCGAUGCUGUCACGAAAUUGUUGGGUUUUACUAUACUACAACAUCCUAUGGUGCACAUACAACCCUAA